GGGGCCCGCCCAUCGCUAGUUCCGGGGCGGUUGCUCCCACCGACCGGAACUCCUCGCCCCCUCCCGCGGCCCCGGGGGCCGUACGAGGCCGCAGUGAGGAGGCACUGAGCUGAGCUCUUGACGGGCAUCAUCUCUUAAUCCUCAGAACAUCCCGGGGAGCUCCACAGGAUUCCUUAUCCUGGGCCAUGAGUGAGCUGAAGGACUGCCCGUUGCAGUUCCAUGACUUCAAGUCUGUGGACCACCUGAAGGUCUGUCCCCGCUACACAGCAGUGCUGGCCCGCUCUGAGGAUGAUGGCAUCGGCAUCGAGGAGCUGGACACCCUGCAGCUGGAGCUUGAGACUCUGCUGUCUUCUGCCAGCCGGCGCCUACGGGUGCUGGAGGCAGAAACCCAGAUCCUCACAGACUGGCAGGAUAAGAAAGGUGAUCGACGGUUCCUGAAACUAGGUCGAGACCAUGAGCUUGGAGCUCCUCCAAAGCAUGGCAAGCCCAAGAAGCAGAAACUGGAAGGGAAGGUGGGACAUGGGCCAGGCCCUGGCCCCGGGCGGCCCAAAUCCAAAAAUCUUCAGCCCAAGAUCCAGGAAUAUGAAUUCACUGAUGACCCCAUCGAUGUGCCGCGGAUCCCCAAGAAUGACGCCCCCAACAGGUUCUGGGCUUCAGUGGAGCCCUACUGUGCUGAUAUCACCAGUGAGGAGGUGCGCACGCUAGAGGAGCUACUGAAACCCCCGGAAGAUGAGGCUGAACAUUACAAGAUCCCGCCCCUAGGGAAGCACUACUCCCAGCGCUGGGCACAGGAGGACCUGCUGGAGGAGCAGAAGGAUGGUGCUCGGGCAGCGGCUGUGGCUGACAAGAAGAAAGGCCUUAUGGGGCCACUGUCCGAACUGGACACUAAAGAUGUGGAUGCCCUGCUGAAGAAGUCUGAGGCCCAGCAUGAGCAGCCAGAAGAUGGAUGCCCCUUUGGUGCCCUGACGCAGCGCCUUCUGCAGGCCCUAGUAGAGGAAAAUAUUAUUUCCCCCAUGGAGGACUCUCCUAUUCCUGACAUGUCUGGGAAAGAAUCGGGGGCUGAUGGGGCUAGCACCUCUCCCCGCAAUCAGAACAAGCCCUUCAGUGUGCCGCAUACUAAGUCCCUGGAGAGCCGCAUCAAGGAGGAGCUGAUCGCCCAGGGCCUCCUGGAGUCAGAGGACCGCCCUGCAGAGGACUCCGAGGAUGAGGUCCUUGCUGAGCUGCGCAAACGGCAGGCUGAGCUGAAGGCACUCAGUGCCCACAACCGCACCAAGAAGCACGACCUGCUGAGGCUAGCCAAGGAGGAGGUGAGCCGUCAGGAGCUGAGGCAGCGGGUCCGCAUGGCAGACAAUGAGGUCAUGGACGCCUUCCGCAAGAUCAUGGCUGCCAGGCAGAAGAAGCGGACUCCCACCAAGAAGGAGAAGGACCAGGCCUGGAAGACCCUAAAGGAGCGGGAGAGCAUUCUGAAGCUGCUGGAUGGGUAGCCCUCACCCUGACCUCUGGCUGUCUGGCCUGAGGGAGGGAGGGAAGGGAGGCCUACUUCCUUCCUUGGGCUGCCAGAAGCCAUGGCUGUGGCUGUCCUAUCAAAUGGGGACAGUUUCUCUGGAAACUGAGGACUGUGGCUCCUCCCUGAGAUCUUUUGGCCUGGCUCUGUAGAGCCAGGACACAGGAGGCCCGGCUGGGCUGGGCUGGGUCCUGUUCUCUGCUUGGCCCCUAAGUUGAGGGGCCUUCUCUUCUGGGCUUUCCUCUGCCCCCUCUUCACCUCACCAUCUCCCACUCCCUCACUUCCCACCUCCAUCUCCCCUUCAUGGACUUCUCCCUUGUGGUUUUGUAAAGUGCACACUUAAGGUUAAAGUGACUGCUGUGGUUUUU